CCAGACGCAGCAUCACACAGUACAUGAAUUCACUUUUGGCUUCAAACUCUGUACAAUAUGCGUUUCAAUCUUCUUGCUCCAAUCCUGGCCCUGGGGCCCUGGCUCGUGUCUUCCAGCCCUAUUGCACAAGUCGAUAAGCGAGCCACUGGCUAUGAAAACACUGUAUAUUUUACGAACUGGGGCAUAUACGGACGGAACUACCAGCCUCAGGACUUGCCAGCCAACAAGCUCAGCAUUGUCCUCUACGCUUUUGCGAAUCUGAGGAGUACUGGUGAAGUGUAUUCUUCUGAUGUUUACUCGGACCUCCAGAAACACUAUCCCACCGACUCAUGGAAUGACAUCGGAAAUAACGCGUAUGGUUGCGUGAAGCAACUAUACAUCCAGAAGAAAGCCAACCGACAGAUGAAGGUGCUUCUUAGCAUUGGUGGCUGGACUUACUCAACCAACUUUCCCGCAGCAGCCAGCACUGCUGAUAGCCGUGCGCUCUUCGCCUCGACCGCAGUGACCCUGAUGAAAGACUGGGGCUUCGACGGCCUCGAUAUCGACUGGGAGUACCCAGCAGACGCGACUCAAGCCGCCAACUUCGUCGCGCUGCUCCAGACCGUCCGCAAGGCGCUGGACGAUUAUGCCGCGCAGUACGCGCCUGGCUACCACUUCCUGCUGACCAUCGCCUCGCCCGCCGGCCCGCAGAACUACAACACAAUGCAGCUGUCCGCCAUGGCCCAGUACCUCGACUACUUCAACCUGAUGGCGUACGACUACGCAGGCGGCUGGGACAGCACGAGCGGGCACCAGGCCAACGUCUACCCCGCCAGCGACUCGGGCAACGCCCAGGCGGUCAAGUACUCGACCGAGCGCGCGGUGACUGACUACAUCGCGGCCGGCGUCCCCGCGUCCAAGAUCGUCCUCGGGAUGCCCCUCUACGGCCGCUCGUUCGAGGCGACAGGGGGCAUCGGACAGACCUACACUGGCGUCGGGUCUGGGUCUUGGGAGAAUGGCGUCUGGGACUACAAGGUGCUGCCCAAGGCGGGCGCGACCGUCAUCACGGACCAGGCGGCGGGCGCGACGUACAGCUAUGACUCCGGGUCCAAGGAGCUCAUCACCUACGACACGCCCGCGAUGGUCUCGACCAAGGUUGCCUACCUCAUGAGCAAGGGCCUCGGCGGGAGCAUGUUCUGGGAGGCGUCGGGCGACAGGAACGACACCGGCAGUCUCCUGACUACUAGCUACAACGCGCUGGGGUCGCUCAGCUCGUCGCAGAACUUGCUUAGCUACCCGAACAGCCAGUAUCUGAACAUCGUUGCUGGUGUGCCGAGUUGAGAGAGCCUGGGGGAGAUAGACCAUGCGCCAGUUACCGGGUGUGGCAGGGGACUGGCAAUUCCAUUUUGUACAUACACGCCUCAGAGAUAGGGCUUUUAUAUUUACAAUUUCAUUUAUAAUUUGAA